GAAGUGAAUUUGAACAGAGUUUGUUUUGAACAUUAUUGUACAAAAUAAUACGGAAUGAAUACCGUAAGUUAAGUUAAGUUACAAAGUUUUAUGCAAGUGGUAAGUAAAUAUUUACAAUCGUACUUCACUGAUUCAAGUGUUGGCAAAGCAACGCUUGAGCAUGACUCGUACAGAGACGGCGCAGCACAUUCCACGCAGUUUACAUUAACAACAUUAAGUUAAGUGCGGAGGCCGGAGUACAAGAAGAGGGUUUUGUCGGGCUCAUAGGAAUAUAAUAAUGAAAUGUGAUUGAUUAAUUUGUUUUCAAGUGUGGGGGCUUUGGGCUGAGGUGCAAGAGUAUCGCGCCGGGCAGACCUUGGUGGUGCUUAAAUCGACGUGGUUGUGAACUUGUGUAUUUUUUAUUAUUGUCCAUAACAAUUAGUGAGUGAAUAGGUAACUUCUUUUUUUGGUUGAAUUUAAUCAUCAUUAGUUAAUAGGGGAACAUACUCAUGCGUUUAGGUCUGUGUUCUAUGUUGUACAAUAAAAGUUUCUGAAUUUCAGUGACAAUGGCAAACCGUCCUUGUUACGCCCAGUUAGAAAGUUUGGCAGAAUUCCUGGAACAAAACCCAGGAAUUGCUAAAGGUUUGCUUCGAACCAGUCAAGGGAAAAUGGAAACGAAGAGAAAAUGGGCAAACUUGGCAAUAAGUUUGAAUUCCCUUGGAGGAGCUAACAAAACUGGUGAAGGCUGGGCGAAGUAUUGGGCUGAGAAGAAAUGUGUGUUAAAGAAGCAAUGCGCACAACUCGCAGCGUCAUUGAGGCGCACUGGUGGUGGGACAGCAGAUAACUUGCCAGCAUUAUCUGCUUUAGAUAAUAGAAUGGUGGCGGUGAUGGGAGGACAUCAGUUUGCCAUGAGUGACUCAAGAUUCACAGUCGAUCCAUUUCCUCAAAGGACUACACCUACUGAGUUACCAAUUGUAAUAGAGAUAGCAGAAGAACCGUCACAUAAUACAACAGACACAGAAAUGAAUUUACCAUCCCCUAUACCUAGCACAUCACACAUAGCAAUACACUUGUAAGCAUCAUCCACAAUACCUGCCCCUCCCUCUGCAUCCCAGCUGCAGAGUACUAUAACACCACGAACCCGCCGGCGCCGUUCCAUAAUGCCUAGGCAAUUGGAUGCAAAUAUGGAGCAGUUUGCAAAUAUAGAAGCGCAACAGGUUGAAGCAGAAUUGUCAACAGCACGAGCAUUAACUCAAUUGUCAGAGAACAUUGGCAAUAUUGCAGGUGCUUUGACGUCUAUUGCUAAUGCAAUUUCAGAUGUAGCUAGAGAGUUGCCAAAUCCUUAGCCAAUUUUUAAUUAUAAGUACAUAAUCUACCCAGUUAAAAAUUGGCCAAGGAUUUGGCACUUUGAUUUGAUUAAAUAAAAAUGCGUUAGCAAUAAAUGUCAAAGAUACUGAUUCAAUGUUUGCAUUGCCGUAUAAUGUUUAAAUUUUGU